AUGUCUUUCCACAGGUCAACAACAGUCCAUUUAAAACCAAUGGAGCGUGUAUGACACAUCAAUACGAUGUAGCAGUUGGAGACAGUAAAAACGAGUUUACUUUUCACACAGAGCUGAUAAAAGUGAGACACAUUCAGAGAGUUGCACCUUUAGAUGGGUGUGGAGACACUCAGGAUCUGCCUACAAAAGCACCGCGGCUUCUUACCUACUUGUAUACAGUUGCAUGAGUAAACCAACGCCACGAUGCUGACUUCUAUCCAGCUGAUGAUUUUGCUUUUCUGGACGAGCAUUAGCUCAGCUGAUGCAGAGAAACUUUUCCAUAAUCGGGAUCAUUCUGAUGUGCAGACCCUUGAUUCUCACCAAGCUGAGGUUAUAACAGACAAGUACACAGCCGAGUUAUUUCUCUCUAGAUAUGGAUUCAUUAAGCCAGUGAACUGGGACGAGAUCCAGUUUGAAGAUUCAGACACCCCUUUUACUGAUGACUUCCUGGAUGGCCUUGAAGACACGAUCCAGGAAGGAACCUCGGUGCAUCACUCAAGGGAUGCUGGUGAUCAAGGUGAUCGCAACAGUCUAACUGAGAGCGAAGCGUUUAUUUCAGCACUUAAAGAGUUUCAGAGGGUAUCAGGCCUGCCUGCCACAGGGGUGUUUGACGAGGCCACUAAACAGGCAAUGAACAAACCAAGGUGCGGAGUCCCCGACAAGGAGAUUGACCUGGACACCCCUGUAGCACCUGAGAACAGCAGUGCCUCAGAUACUGAAAACAGUUCCAGCAACACUUUUAUUGAGACUGAAAGUAAUAACACAGCCAGUAAUAUAACCACUGAUACUUAUUUUGGUAGUCUUAACUCAUUUGAAGAUGACAUAUUCAAUGGAAAUGACACACAAAGUAUUCUAACAGGCAUUUCUAAUUACACCAGCAUGAAUUACACAGACUUCUAUGAUCCCUUUUUAAAUAACACUUCUCCAAAUAGCGCGCAUUACAUCACCAUGGAUGGUCAAGUGGUAAAUAUCAGCGUGAGCACCCAUCAGAGCGAAGCAGUGCAACGCAGGAAACGUCACCUCGCCGCACUUGUGUCCAAAAGCAGACGCAAGAGAGAUUUGAGUGAAACGGGCUACAUGGCCUUCUCUAAGAGGAUGUUAAAAUGGAGGCUGAUAGGAGAAGGUUACAGCAGCCAGCUGUCCAUAGAAGACCAGAGGUACAUCUUCAGACUGGCCUUCAGGAUGUGGAGCGAGGUGUCUCCGCUGGAGUUUGUGGAGGAUACACGUUCCCCGCUGGAGGAUGUUGAUAUCAGGCUGGGCUUUGGCACAGGAAGGCAUCUGGGCUGCAAUCAGAGGUUUGAUGGCACUGGUCAAGAAUUCGCCCACGCCUGGUUCCUGGGUGAUAUACACUUUGAUGACGACGAACAUUUCACUGCUCCCAAUGCUGGCAGUGGGAUCAGCCUUCUCAAAGUAGCAGUUCAUGAGAUUGGCCACGUUUUGGGUCUACCCCACAUCUACAGAGCUGGCUCUAUAAUGCAGCCGAGCUAUCUGCCCCAGGAGACAGGCUUUGAGAUGGACUGGAUGGACAGGAAGGCCAUACAGCACCUCUAUGGGGCCUGUAAGGGUCGAUUCAACACAGCAUUUGAUUGGAUCAGGAAGGAGAGGACGCCCUACGGGGAGGUUGUCAUCCGCUUUAACACCUAUUUCAUGAGAGACGGAUGGUACUGGCUAUAUGAGAACAGACACAACCGGACACGCUUUGGGGAUCCAGUUGCACUGCAGGCUGGCUGGCGUGGGAUUCCCGUGGAUGGAGUGGAUGCCUAUGUGCAUGUGUGGUCCAGAAAAAGAGAUGCUGUGUACUUCUUUAAAGGUGCUCAGUUCUGGAGGUAUGACACUGAGAAUGACCAGGCAUAUAGACAGGACCCUGAAGGUCACCACUAUCCAAGGUUAAUCUCUGAAGGUUUCCCAGGGGUGUUCAGUCCCAUUGACACAGCCUUUUAUGACAGGAGGGACUCUCGCAUCUACUUCUUCAGAGGCACUCUUGUGUAUGCAUUCGACGUGGAAGCCAACAGCUUGGCAAGAGGCUUCCCCAAAAACAUCAGAGAUGUUUUCCCUCCAGUGGUGAGCGGGGACCAUCCAGAUGGCAACAUCGACGCUGCCUACUUCUCCUACACCCACAAUGCCAUCUUUCUACUCAAGGGCACACACUUCUGGCAGGUGGUGGGCAGCCGCGAACGCUGGCGCCGGCCCUUUCUGCCGCAAAAUGGCCUGCUGCCACACAAGGAGGUGGAUCAACACUGGUUCGACAUCUGCAACGUUCAUCCCACUGCACUCAAACUAACUCGCUGAGUUUGCUGAAGCAGAGACUCAUUAAACCGUACUGAUGUGUACUGAUGGGGUCUACUGAUUCACCUGUUACAUGUUUACAUGUUGUCAUAUGUGUGUAGCAUCCAUUGUCUAACUUUUUUAAUGUUUAUAAUUUAAGAUCUUAAAGACAAAAACAACUGAAUAUUUUUGUUGGCUUACUUUUUAAUGAGGUGUGUUAUUAAUAUAUCAGCUGCUCUGUCUGUCUCUCACUUAGAGGUGCCAAAUGCAUACUGGCAUGAAAACAAUCCCAAAGGACCUCCUAUGAUUAAGAUAUUUAGAGAGUCAGGGAGAAUAUACUUAUUUAUAGAUAGUUCACUCAUGCUUUAUACAGACACCUCAUUUUACUUACACUGUGGAGAAAAUGCUAUCAAAUGGCACACUUACAAAGAAAAGGGGAUGUUUAUGCAAAAACAGGAAAUAAUUUCAUACCUCUCAAUCUCCCAGUUGCCAGAAGAAAAUGUUGGCAUUGUAUGUUUCUGGAAAUUACAAAUGUGUUUCAUUGGCAUGCCCCAUACAUAUUAUAUCUAAAAUGUUUCUAAAAUGAUGUAUAUAAAAGCUGACUAUGGUAUCAAGAGGUGGGAGGGAUGGUGGAUGGUGUGUCAUCGAAGUCAGAUGCCUGCCAAGCUGAAGACCACUGCAGGCCACCAUUCGAGACCAACAAACAACAAAACCAGUUGUGUCAUUGCUGUGUUUCCAGCAGUUUUUCAGCCCCCAAAUGUGGUUGUUUUUUUAGUAUCUAGUGUUUCCAGCUGCUUUUUAGGCACCAAGUGUGGGUGUUUUUUAGUAUCUAGUGUUUCCAGCUGCUUUUUAGGCACCAAGUGUGGGUGUUUUUUAGAGACCUGUGAGUGUAUUUCAGUGGAUUUUGAGACACAAAUGUGGGUGUUUUUCAGGGACCCGUGAGUGUGUUUCCAGCUGCUAUUUAUGCACAAAUGUGGGUGUUUUUUAGAGACCUGUGAGUGUGUUUCCAGAGGUUUUUUAGGCAUCACAUGUGGGCAUGUAUUAGAGAUCUGUGACUGUGUUUCCAGGGGGCUUUUUAAGCACCAAACAUGGGUGUUUAAGAGACCUGUGGCUGUGUUUCCAGCAGCUUUUAAGGCAGCAAAUGUGAGUAUUUGUUAGAGACCUGUGAGUGUGUUUCCAGCAGCUUUUUUGGCACCAAAUGUGGGUGUGUUUUAGAGACGUGAGUGUUUCCAGCAGCUUUUUAGACACCAAAUUUGGGUGUUUUUUUAGAGACCUUUGAGUGUGUUUCCAGGGGCUUUUUAGGCACCAAAUGUGGGUGUGUUUUUUUAGAGACAUUUUAGUGUUUUUCCAGUGACUUUUUAGGCACCAAAUGUGGGUGUUUUUAGAGACCUGUGAGUGUGCUUCCAGCUGCUUUUUGGGCACCAAAUGUGGGCGUUUUUCCUGCAUCUUUAAGCCCCCAAACAGGUGAAUUUUUAGUGAUCUGUGGCUUUUUUUUGGAUCGUCUUUUUAGGCAACGAACAUGGGUGUCUUUUAGCAACCUGUCCCUGUUUUUCCAGCGGAUAUAGUACCACAGAUAGUAUUUGUUUUUUUACUAAGAUAUUACUGCAUUUCCUGCCAGAAUAUUGGCCACACGAAAAGUCAUCACAAGACAUCACAAUGUUUCCAGUGUGGUUGUGCUCCUAAUACCUGUUUUUUUUUUAAGCCAAAACAUGAUAUUUUCCGAACAAUAACCAUUUUUUUUGUGCCUAAACCUAACUACGUGUUAACCACAGUGUUAUUGAUACAUAAAGUUUUAAUUUAUCUGCUACACAAUAACAUGCAAAUGUUAGGUAUCAGUGAUUUGCAGAAAUGUACAAUGCCAACAUUUUUUCUUGUGAUUGGGUUAACACAAUAUAUAUAUUGAGAGCUACGGAGUGACAUCUUAUGUAAGAUAUACUGGACCUAUAUUAGUUCAAGAAAGAUGCAUAAAAGUAUCUGUACUACGAUGCGUGUAUAAAAAUGGAGAUUUAUUCAUAAUACUGAGAGUGGUUUCUGGGUAAACUCACAGAUUGAAAUGUGUGUUUAAAAAAAUGUUAUAUAAUGAUUUGAAAUGUAUAUCAUCAUCAUAACCAUCAUCAUCAUCAUCAUCAUCAUCAUUAUCAUCACCAUAAUUAUCAUCAUUAACAUUCAUCCAGAUUCCUCUGAGUGUUUCUUGUUUGCGCUUUGUUGCUGGGAGGGAUACAAAAUUACAACCAGAUCCAGUUGUUGCCCUGUGAUGAUGAUGGAUGUGUAGAUUCACUUGGUCCCAUGGCCUCUUGUUAGCUUGACUGUCUGACAGCACAUCUGCACUGGAUGUAUGAAAUCACACUUCCCUCCAAAUCGCUUGCAGAAACUCUAAUCUAUAGCUGCCUGCAGGCAGGAAAGAAUAUCAAGUCAAGUCAAGUCAGUUUCAGCCCAAUAUAAGAAAUCACAAGUUUGCCUCACGGGGCUGGAAACCACGAUUUUCCCUUUGCAAAAAUCCCUUCAAUGCUCUGUGGUGAUUCAUCCCGUGCAGUGCUUGUGGGCUGACCUGCAAGAAAACAACAUACGCUUUAUCAAUAAAAACCU